AUCACCUUCAUCUCAACCCGAAAAGCAAAUAGGGUACCCGAGAAUUACUUGCGUACAAAGCGCAAGUCUCCAUACCCUUUUAAGUCGCCAUAUUCCCAUAUCGCUACAUAUUAGUGACAUUACCGUGGAAGUUCAAACAAGAUGGCUUCAAACGACGAUCUCAAGGCGCACGCCGCCUCCAAUCAAGAUUUUUACGCUCUGCUAGACAUCUCCCCAGCAGCCGCCGAAGGCGAAAUUCGUCGCGCAUACCGAAAGACUGCUCUGAAAUACCACCCUGAUAAAAUCGCGAACCCGACACCUGCAGACAUCGACAAGUUCCACACGUUACAGAUUGCCUACGAUGUCCUCUCUGAUCCGUCGGUACGACAGCUCUACGAUAAUGCGCGGGAGGCGCGACAGCGGAAGCAGCGCGAGCGGGAUAUGAUGGAUGCGGCGAAGAGGAAGAUGAGGGAGGAUCUGGAAGCGAGGGAACGCGCCGGUGCUGCGGCGAUGGGUAGUGCGCCUCGCGGGGUGAAACGGACCUGGAUGAGUGGGACGGGUGAUGAUGAUGCGGAGGAGAAGCUGCAGCGGGAAAUUGAGCGGAUCGCGGAGGAUGGCCGGCGCCGACGCCGGGAGGCAGAGGAGCGGUUGAAGCAGAAGGUCGAGGAGGAGGAGAAGCAAAUGCGCGAGAAGGAGGAAGAGGCACAGAAGGCUGCGGAUAAAAGUAGUCAGCGGGUCGACCGUUCGCAGGAAGGUGGAGCGAAUGUGCCGGAACUCGAACGAGCUGUGAAGGCGCGCUGGAUUCGUGAAGGUCGGGGCUUCGAUUUGGAUAAGGAUCGCUUAACGUCUUUGUUCACUCCGUUUGGCAAGGUUGAAAGUGUUGUUGUGCUCAAGGAUAAGAGGCAACGUAUUGGGGACAAGCGUGAGAAAAGGACUGUUGCAACGGGCGUUGUGGUCUUUACUUCCAUCGUGGGUGCGCAUGCUGCCGUUCUGGACAGUGAGAAGAAGAUACGCCAAAGCGCUGGACAAGCAGACAGUGACUGGGGUUUGAUUGACUCCGUAUUUUGGGCAUCUGGCAAUCAACCUGACCUGGGAGCAGGGUCUGACAACCGUCCUACUUCUCCUGCAGAGAAAAGUGAGCCAAAGAUGCCAGCGGCGCCUCCCAAGCCUGCAUUCAAUUUCCCUGGGGUCAAGACGACAGGUUCAGAUGGCAAAAAGCCCGGUAAAGCGCCGUCUUUCGGUUCAUUCGCUUCUGCUGCUGCUGCUGCGGACUCAAUGAAGUCGACCCCUAGUUCGUCGACUAACGGUCCAAGUGCCCCUAGCAUGGAAGAAGUUACAUUAAUGCGACUAAAGACUGCGCAGCGGGAGAAGGAGCGCAGAGCUCUUGAAGAACAGCUUCGGAAAGAAGACGAAGCUGCAGAUGCCGCCGAGGCCGCGGCCGCUGAAGCCAAUGCUUAGUGUUACCAUGUUUUUUCUACUCUGAUUCCUUUUUUUAUCAUUUCUACAACCGCAUAUGUUGGGCAUCAAUUUUACAGGUAUUUUUUAGCCUGCCGCUGAAAUCUAACCGGACAAAUAAUUGGCGUUGUGGGGAUUAUGUAUAGAUAGACUUUUUAGUACAAGAGAUACCCUUUAACUAUAUGGAACACAUUUUGCCUGGA